AUGACCUGUAGAAGAAUUCGUCGUCAAUCUUCGGUAACAACACCAGAAUUUUCGGAUGACGAAAAUGUGAGCACAAUUAGAAGGAAUUCAAAAAUAACAACUGGAGCAGAUCUUGAACAUCAUCUUCAAAAAAUCAGGCUUGUGGUGCUUCCUUCGAAUGAUUUUCCUAGUAGCUUCACAGCUGUAGACGAAGCCCAAGCUCGUAGAAUAAUUCGUAGACAAUCUUCGGUUACACCAGAAUUUUCAGAUGAUGAAUAUGUGAGCACAAUUAGAAGGAAUUCAACAGUAUUAGCGGUCCCAGAAAUGCAACAAAAUUUAUCAGGGUUCUCAUUGCUUUCUGGCGAUGAAUAUUUUGGUUUUAAUGAAGAGGAUGAGGAACACUUCGAAUCACAAGAGGCAAAUCAAGAUGGUCUCGGUUGUCAUUUGGUAUUUCCGUCGCUUCCAGAAGACGCUGUGGUAGAAAGCAUUAUGGUCUCUAAAAGCAAUUGCGUCAAUGAUUAA